UUCUUUUUCCGCUACGUGUCUUCCUUUUUCCUGGUAGAAGCAUUGGGAUCUUCGCUGUCGGGACAAACACAUGGCUAAACUGAGCAAGGAGACCAAACAGCGGCUGCAGCAGCUGUUUCAGUGCAGCCAGUUCGUCAUCCGAUGGGGCUUCAUUCCGACCGUGCUUUACCUCGGUUUCAAACGAGGAGCAGAUCCAGGCAUGCCUGAACCUACACUGCUGAGUUUGCUCUGGGGUUGAGGAACACCUUCAUUCAGCCAAACCCCUCCUCUCAUCGAGACAAUGUGACGCUUUUUUAAAAGACCAAGAAACAGGCUUCAUCAUUCUCCUUGCUCUCUGUAAACCCUAAUGUCUGACAGCUGUGGGGCAAAAUGUUCAAAGUGCAGAAAUAUAUUGUACUGACUCUCUGGACUCCCAUAUCUCUAAAUUAGAUUGCCUAGCGUAUUCCCAAUGUUUUAUGUUUUGAUUUGGGUGUACAGAAGUACCCCAGUUUACUUUUUUUUGUUAAUAAUUUAAAAGACAAUAAAAUGUCAAAGGAAUGCGA